CGCUCUGGCUCUCCCGUCUUCCUGUACGUUUGAGGAAUUCCUCCGAACUGUCCGAACAUGUGACUCCUGGAGAAGAGCGGCUGAUCUCACUUUCUCCCUUUCUGUCGGCAUGCAGUGUGUAUCCCAGGCACAGAGUUGACGGGAGGCGUUUUUGCCUCUGGCGUUUUCCUCCCCGGUUCAGUCUUUCUCGGGCAGGUCCUUUCUUCUCUUGCUUCCUCGCGGCUUCUUCUCGCCUCUCCUUGUCGCAUGAACGCGUUGAUCUCUCUGGCCGGCUCGUGCACCACAAAUUCUCAGCUGUCUGGCCAUUGGCUGGCUAGGAAGGCGCUGUUUGCUUUUUCGGAGCGCCCGACUAUCUUCUUGGCCUCUUUCGUCUCGUUCUCAGUUUCUCUUUUGUUUUCUCCAACUCCUGCGUCCUCUCUCUUUUUCUCGCGCCGUUUCGGCGUUCCCUUUCUUCUUCCUUUCGACAUCCACGUGCACUCGCAACGCGCAACCUCAGUAUCUCGCCUUUUCUGUUCGCCUCCCUCGUCGUUCCAAGAUGCUUCGCGUCCUGUUCCCCACUCUUCUCUCUCUUUAAGAGGCUUCUCGCGUCCUUCAUCCACCCUUUUCUCUCCCUCAAAUCCACCUUCCGAUCUCCAUUCUUCUCUCUCUGGCGCAUGCUCUCCGCGCCUCCGGCACCAUGGAGCCUCCUCCUCUUCCCCCUCUCUCGCAGGGGGUACGCGAUCCGGACUCCUCUGCUUCUUUCGCUUCCUCCUCUGGCUCCACUGGGUCGCUGCCUCGCCACUUGAAGCGGAAGUUUGCAGGGAUAAUCGACGCAUGCAGACGCUGCAAAGAUUUCCAUCUCUUCCUCGAGCCCGUUGACGUCGUCGCGAUGGAAUGUCCAACCUACUACGAUCUAAUAAAACAUCCAAUGGACCUGACGACGAUGGAGGAAAAACUCAGAAACAACGCUUACAGCACUGAGGACGACUUCCUCCGAGAUAUGAUUCUCAUCUUCACGAACUGCAGGCUCUUCAAUCGGCCGGGGAACCCCGCAGGGGACUUUGUCUUGUCACUGUGCGCGAAGUCUGCAGACAAGUUCGUCGAGGAGUGGUGCAAGUUCUUGAAGGAUGGAAACAAGUCUGCAAAGGCGAUUCGAGCUUUCGUCGACUUCUUCAAAGCACAAGUGGGGGAAAAGCCAACAGAAGUUCCUCAGGAAGAAAGAGAUCCAUGCAAGGAGGCGAAAGAGCCCCCAGACGCAGCCCCUGGAAAAGAGAAGAAAGGCAGACAGAGCAGAACGCAUGCUCUGCCGAGUGUCUGUCCAGCCGAGGUCUCUCAGAGCGAGAAGAAGCAAGAGAAGGUCGGGGAAAGGAAUGCGACAGAGCCGAGCGCAACUUCCUCUCAAGCAGAGACAGGCUCGAGCUCCUGCUCUCCGACAGAAGCAGCAGUGUCUCAGCAGUCUUCUUCAGCACAAGAUUCUCUGUCCUCCGGAUCCGCGUCUCUACCUUCUUCUGCUGACCCAGCGAAGAAGGAUUCAAAGUCUGCUCUGGACGCAUCUCCGUCUGCUUUCUCCGCUGCGGUUUCGACAUCCCACCCUUCGCUUUCUUCCAACGUCUCCCCUCUGACAGUGGAAUCGCACGCCCUCUCUUCACCUCUUCCCCACACGACGGAUUCCUCUUCUCUCCUUCACGCAUCUCUCUCUUCUCCUUCUGCUCCUUCCGAAUCCCCUUCACCCGCUUUUCCUGCCUUUCCUUCUUCUGCAGUUUCCUUGGGGGGAAGAGAGACAGUCGGAGACUCGAAGGCGUCUGUUCGGGACCAAGGCACCAAGUUGGAGACUUGGACCAGUGACAGCGGAAAAGCGGGAGAAAGAGGUUUACAUGCCUCUUUGAAAGGAAAUCCGUUCCUCUCAGGCUGCGCGAAAACCUGGCAGGUCUACUGCAAAGAUUAUAUGGUCCGACCUCUGAAGAGCGACCGGUAUGGGUACCUCUUCGGAACUCCUGUGAUGUCUUCUGCCGAGCUUCCGCAAGCCGUCAAGGAGAACUACUCCAAAAUCAUUUCUCGACCGAUGGACUACGGCACAAUCUGGACAAAGCUCAGCUCUCGCUGCUACGAGCACCCUGACGAGUUCCGUGACGACGUUCUUCUAGUCUUUGAUAAUUGCAUGACGUUCAAUCCGCGACACGACGAAGAAUGCGGCUGGCUGCAUGAAGUCGCUUUGCGGCAGAAAGAGAAGUUCUUGGAGAAGUGGAGGCGCUGGUCCCCGAAAGUCUUUGCCGCGUUCAAGCAACAAAAGCAGGCUGAAUCUGUUCUUCGCUCCCCUCUGAUCCAGCCGCAGACUUCCUUCUCUUCUUCUUCUGUUUCGUCCUCUUCUCCUUCCGCGUCUUCCUCUUCUUCGUCUUCCUCUUCCUCUUCUUCUCUGCAGAGGGUGAAAGAAGGUCAAGUGCCUCAACAGGAAGGAAGCGGGGAGAAGCCGAAGGCAGCGGAGCGUCCAGAGACACCGGAAGGAGGGGGAAAACGAGAGACGGGCAAAGGAGAAAGACCGCGAGGAAUUGUCGACAGCUCGACGUACAGGACGCUUGUCACGGACAUCUUUGGAGAAGAAGCGUUAGAUGAUGAGGUGUCUUCCCGGAAUGAGGAGGUCCCUGCCGACGCCUCGCUUCCGUCGCCUUCUCCAGUGACUCCAGACGUUUCUCUGGCUCUUCCCCUCGCCUCGUCUCUUCCUGCUUGUGAAAGCAUUUCUCUGUCCUCUCCCGCCGCUCCAACUCAAGAACGUGAGGAACAGAUGUCCUCACCUCUUCCUCCUCCCUCGUCUUCUUCUUCUUCUCUCUCGUCUUCGUCUUCGUCUUCUCUCUCGUCUUCGUCUUCGUCUUCUCUCUCGUCUUCGUCUUCUUCUCUCUCGUCUUCGUCUUCUUCUCUCUCGUCUUCGUCUUCUUCUUCUCUCUCUUCUUCUGUUUCGUCUUCUUCUUUUGUUUCGUCUUCUUCUUUUGUUUCGUCUUCUUCUUGUCUGUCGUCCUCGUCUUCUUCUCUGCCUGAAGCGAGAGGAGCGCCUUGUGUGGCGAACGUCGUCGGACUUCUUGCGACGGACCAGCGGAGUGCGUCUGUCGGCGGCGCGGAGGAAGGCGCACAAGGCGUAGGUCCAGCGACGAACGAAGGCUUUUCAGUCGCAGCGGAAGGGCAGAACGAGCUGGAGAAGGCAGCGCUUGGGAGCGGAGUGAGAGGUUCCGUGGCUGUUGCGCUCGACGAGUCUGCAGGGCGGAGAGAAGAGAACGUUUCGGAACCUCUGUCUUCUUCCUUCUCCUCCCAGGGAGGCGACGCGGAGACGGGCAGUCCUCACUUUGCCCCCGAGGCUGAAGCACGCGCUCACAUGCGGUCGAAGGAGAAGAAGAAAGAGAAGAAGGAGAAGAAGGAGAAGAAAGAGAAGAAAGAGAAGAAGGAGAAAAGACACUCAGACCGCAAAGCGAGACGUCGAGGCAGUUCAGAUGGAGGCGACGACGGCGCGUUCUUCCCGCCGUCUCUGCAACCCUUUCCAGGUCACCCUCCCGCUUGUCCUGAGAACGACCAAGCCAUUCAACUGCCUGCAGACGUCAUUCCGAUUCCUCAACCUACAGCCUCUGCGCCGGCUCUCUCUUGUACUCUCUCUUCUACUCUCUCUUCUACUCUCUCUUCUGCUGUGUCUUCUUCUCUUUCUUCUUCUCUUUCUGCUUCAGGGGAGCCACAAGCAUCCCUGCAUCCGUCGGGUCCUCCGUUUCCUCUGUCUCCACUGGGAGGAAACUCGUCGUCGGUCUCUGAAGACGGUGGCGUUUCAUCGGGUCUCUCCGCAGGCGACAAGGGCGUCUCUGAGCUCCUCGAUCAAAAACAAGUUCCGCCAGACAAAGUCGGUCCGCUCGAUGUGCGAGACGAUCAGAAAGUCGCUGCCUCGGUCCCGAACUCCACCGUUCGCUUUCCGCCUUCUCCCUCCUCCCUCAGAAUUUCUCUCGCGGCAGUCUCUGCGGCUUCGACAUGCGCUGCGCCGGCUGUACAGACACCUGAGGAGGCGCCUGGCCAGCAGGUUCUCCUCCUCGGCUGGCGGCCGACAGAGGGCGACAAAGUCUUUGGCCCGCGAGACGAGAGGAAGAAAACCUCUCUGGGAGACGGCAGUGACAUGCUUCAGUAUCUCGUGACGAGGAAUACUUUCAUGAAGACAGAGCGAGAAAGGGAGGCCGCGCACAAGUCUUCUGCUUCCGUCUCCUCCUCUUCUCCUCCCUCUUCUGCGCCUCAUCCAGAUCCGAAACCGGUCUCUCAGGCAGUUUCGGCACCUGGAAGCGAGUCUUCUGUUGUCUUUCCAAAAAUCCGCUUCUCUGUGAAACCUCCCUCUGAAGCUCGCUCUCGCGACGCAGCGUCUGCUUCAGCUCUUUCUUCAUCUGCCUUCGAAAGCAAGUGUGAACAAGGCUGUGGGAGACAGGGAGAGAGUGACAUGUCGGCGAGACGGUCGGCGCUCUCCUGCUGGUUUGCGCUGGCAGACGAGCGCAACAGCGAAGUGGAAGACACAGAAAGGAAGAGCGAGGAGAGAGAAGGCCUUUCUGGAAUGGAUGGCUGCAGCGGGACGGGGAGAAAAAGGAAGUUUCCCCAAAACGGAGAGAGAGCCUCACAUCGGAAAUCUGCAUGCGCCACGGCCCGGGGCCUUCUGCGUCUCCGCAUCCCGUACAGCUCUGACCUCUCAAACUUCUCUCCCUCGGAGCGAGCAGGCCUUUCGUUGAGACUCCGAGCGUCGUCGUUCUCGCUUCUCCCUAGAUCUCCUCUUCCUCCAAAACUCGCAGCGUCUUCUCCUUCUCUUCUUUCUUCUCCCUCGCCUUCUCCGUCUUCUUCUCCUUUCGCUCCGUCGCUUUCGUCUUCUUUGUCUUCAGUUGGAGGAAGUUUGUGGUGUCAAGAGGAGACGUUCGAACUGGGGGGUGUGGAGUCUGUCGCCUGCGGGAGACCCGUGUGUCUCACGCGGCUUGCGUUCCUCGCGUUUCGCGAUUCGCUGGUGCGACACAGCGAGAGCGAGGCGAGAAGACAUUGCGCGGAAAGCAGCGAGGACGAACAUGCUUUAGACAUCUUCCUCGCUUUCCAUCUUCGUCAGCCAAGCUUGCCGGUGGCCUCUCUGAAGGCGGCGGCCGCGGGCGCUGGGUUGUCGGAGCUUCUCGGCUGCGUUCGCCGCAUGACGCAGGAGGAGAGAAGGCGAGAAAACCGGGAGGGAGGAGAGCGCUGCGGCGGUGAAUCCGGCGGUCCAGUCCCGAGAGAGGCAGAGACAGACCUGGAAGAGCGAGAAGGAGAUGCCGAAGAACUGUGGGGAGAGGCGGGUGGCCUGCUUGCGAUGGCGGAAGAGGAGCGAAAGGCUCUUUCGACACUCGCCGCAGCGAUCUCAGACGCCUCGCCUUUCCUCCCAGUUUCUUCUUCGUCUGAGGCAUCUUUUUCUUUUCUUCCUUCUCCCGUCCACGGAGAGCUCGCGGAGAAGCGCCUCAGAUUCCUUGCGCGUCUGCGCCAGCUGGUAGAGACAGGCGAGGGAAGAGAACUCUCGUUGUCCUCUCAGGAGAGUCGAGGGUCUGCGCGCCUCUGUGGAGACGCCGAAUGGCGGUGUCCAGCUGUUUGUUUAGACGCCGCGCUUCUUUCAGAUCAAGAGGAAGCGGAGACGGCGAGGGGACAGCUCGCAUCGGACGCAGUGCGAGAAGAAAGGCCUGGAGGGGGCGCAUGCAGCGAUGGCGGGGAGACCUCAGAGUCGAGCCGGUGCGACAGAGACAGGGGAGAGAGAAGCGCGGCUGCUGCCACUGUGCGCGAAAGCAGCUUAAGUCAGACAGCAAACGGAUUGAUGAUCUUUCCUCCCCGACAAUUCCAUCUCCACGAUGCUUCAUGCGUUCUGUGGCGAUACGCCGUCACAACGCACUCAUUUCCUUUCAUGGGUCACCUGCAGCUUCAGGUGCUUUCUGUCCAUCUUCUUCAUUUCUCCCAGUCGCCUCUUUCGUCUCUCACCUUCAGCGUCUUCGAGUCUCUCCCGGCAAGUCCCUUCCGCGCUCAGGUGUCUAGACACCAGGGGGAGGAGGAGAGCGAAGGAGGAGACAGUCCCCCCGCGGCUCUUCCGCUUCCUCUCUCCGUCGCUCUCCUGCCGCGAACGCGGGGGAGAACAAGCUGUCAAGAUAGCUCCCUUCAAGUCCAUCUAAAAAGUCUAGUACACACCGCACAAAAUUAAAGUCUGUCUAAGCUGGUGCUUGCUCGCAGUCGUUAGACACUGGCGUUCUGAUGCAAAGUCGAUGCCUCCGAGCAGAGGCCGCAGCAGAGCGACACCUCGGGGCGAGAGACACGACGUUCAAAACUCGGGUGUAUGUACACCGCAGCAGCUGUGCUCUGAGGAGACGGACGCGACAGCUGCAAAUGCAAGAGCGUAAAGAGAGGCGACGAGCUCAUGGAGGACGAAGAAACCGUCGCGAGACCGCGCAGCUGAACAGGGUUGUGAAAAAACAGCGGAAGCCAAGGCGAAAGAAAGUGCAGGACGAGGAGAGAGCAACAUCGUCAGCAAAGGCCCGACGAAACAGAGACGCUCCUUCGACUGUCGGAAAUGCCAAAGGCGUUCUUUCGAUACAGUCCUCGUGUUGUGUCCAAGGGC